AUGGCGGACUUGCAGAUGGUUGGCCAGUUCUCUACUCUGUCGGAUCUGGGGCGCAUGCUCCGGGAGAAGCUCAUAUCCGCGGACGCUUUCAAGGAGUUCGUCAGCUACAGUCGCUGCGCGUCGUACCCGUCGGUGGAGCAGUUCGAAGCUGAGAGGGAGGAUGUGGAAGCUGCUUGGCCAGCGUUUGCGGGAGACAUGGCAUUGAGUCGUCUGCCAGCGUUUUUUUGGAAGGCUCGAGGUGCGGAUGCUGGCGCUGCAGAGUGGGCAGACGAGUACGAGAAGCGAUUGCAGCACUGCCUGUCCCGCAUGAACCAUCACGUGCACCCCAAGUGCGAGCGGACGGGUGAGAGGCGGCCGCUGCGGUCGUGUAUGCCUAAAGGUAAGAGCGGGUGCAAGGCCGAUUUUCCGCUGGAGAACCAGAUGUGCAGGCAGCCGGCGAACGAUCUGCAAGCGGCCAUGGCGUUGGCGGCAGGCUACUUUGGCGGGUACUCGUCGAAGAUGCAGGACAUUGGGCAGAAGGAGAUUCAGAGGCUGAGCGCGACGUUGGAGAGAAAGGUGGCUUCCGAUGGAGCCCGCUCAACGAACCGAACGGCGGCGCAGGAGUUCCAGCACUAUUCUCGGCGCCUCGUCCGGGAUUUGGAGUGCAAGGGCAUUGUGCGAACUUCUCUGGAGUCCUGCCUGUUGUCGCUGCACGCGGACCACCCAGACGCGCUGAUGGCGGAGUGCAUUCGGACGUUCCCCACGGUGCGGUUUCCAGCCGUGGACCUGCUGAAGCGCGAGGAGAUCGAAACGGGGAAAGUAGUAGGCAGAGCAGUCGCGUCGGGCAUGCGGCCGGGAGGGGGGAACUUGAACUUCAUGUACACGGAGGCUCCGUUUGCGCUAAUGUACGGGUUUCGGGGCACGUCUCACAAUGUGGAUGUAUUGAGCCCGUGCGAGAUGUUAUUGCACUGGUCCAUGGAAAAGAUCCACCCCCCUCUGGGCCAGCAAGAGGUGUAUCGAGCAGUGAUGACAGAUGCGGGGCGUCGGUUUGCGAAAGAGUGCCGGGACGGAGGGAUCCGGUGCAACUACAAGAGCGGGGACCACUUCGUGGCGGUGGAGGCGCCCGGGAGGAUCUUGCUGCCAGAUGUCCCAGAGCUGCGGGGGCUUCGGCACGCGUGGUGUUGGGAGCGGAGGCACCGUCUGCACCUGCCCACGUGGACGUUUGCCCCGACGCCUGGCACUUCGCUCUCGCAGGAGGAGAACGCGCGUCGGCUGAGCGUGUACAUGCGCCCGUGGUGCUUGACAGAAGUGGACGCGAAAUGGUGGAACCCAAUACUGUCUGAUCUUGGGAAGUGCAUCGCCGUCGACGGGGAGGACGUCCCGGCGUGGCUGGACAUGCUGAACAGGCAAGGAAGUACGGAGGCAGCAGAGACGCCACGGGGAGAGUGCACGGGGUCGGAUGUUGCAGUGAAACGUCGCCGGUUUACAACGAAGGGGCCCCCUGCGGAGGUCGUGGAGUCGGAGACGUACUAUUCGUAUCGAUCCUCGUGGGAGAAGUACUUGGACGGGUACGUCGUGUCGAAGACGAGCCAGCGGUACAUCGUGAACUUGUUGGCCGCAGCGUGCACAGUCGCCAGGGAGGAGCACAUCGACUCGUCUGACGGGAGUUCCGAGGAGUCGUGGAAGAACGAGGACACGCGGGCAGGGUCGAUGGAUGUUGUGCACAAGGCGCUGAAUGGGAUGGCGCGGUUGGAUGCGACCGAACAGUCGACGGGUUUCGGCCGCCACGCAGACAUCAUCAACAUGGGCCGGGCGCUCUGGCAGACGCCACCUCUGGGAGAACGCGUCGCGCAGCGCAUCGUGGAGGUGGAGUUUGACAGCCGCGGGUAUCCUGCUAGCGAAGAGCUGCGGAAGGCGUUCGCGAAGAAGAAGAGCAUGGUGGAAGACAGACCAGCUCCGUACCGCGGAGUGACGAUGCCGUUCGCGAGUCUGUCCGUCGUGGACUACGGGCGCAGGAUGGACGAGUGGCUCGCGCAGCUGCAGAGGGAGGGCAUGGCGCCGGAGCCAGAGGACGUAGCCGUCAUCGAGGAGGUCAUGCGGCGGGUGCGGGUGGAGUUUGAACUCGAGAAAGAAGGGUGCGAGUUGCCGAAGGGGAGUUUGUCUCACACUGACGUGGACGUUCUCUUUGCUCGAAACCAGGCUGUACGGUGGUUGCUGAUAGAUGAGGUAGGCAUGGUGGCGGACACUCUGCUGGGCGCGUUGGACAAGCACCUGUCGGACGCGGCGCAGGUGAACCGGUAUCGCAGGCGUUCGGACAAGACCUACAGGCCAUUCGGCGGGUACAACGUUCUUGCCUUUGGGGACUUCUACCAAAUCCCGCCGAUCCCUGCUUCUGCCGCAGUGUUCUUGCCGCCGAAGGAUGGGAAGACAUCGCAGGAAAAAGCAGCUCUGGAGUUGUUCUGGAGCAGCGAUCCGCGCGUCGGUCUGACGCACUUCUGGGAGCUGGUCGUUCAGAGGAGAGUGACGGCGGAUCCGUGGUACAAUUCGGUGUUGCAAGAGGCGCGGGAGGGGCGCAUGUCAGAGGAGUCGUAUCAUUUCCUGAUGGGCAUGCCGACGGCGCACGCGGGGUGCUGGCCGUUUGCGGCCGGAUGCACGUGCCAGGAAGGCAGGUGCAAGACGCUGGACGCGGUGUGGGCGGACAUGAAGCUUCGCGGGGCGACCUGGCAAGCCAUGCGGGAGCUGGAGUGCGCAGAGUGCCAGUCUGAGCGUGAGAGGAGGAUCCGGCUCGUGCUGCCGGAGGACCAGCGCGUAGUGCAGGAGCCCUUCGUGUCAGCACCGUACAUGCACAAGAACAACGACCCGAAGUACCACGCUAUGCUGCUGAGGGCGGCAGAGUUCGCGAAGGCCCACGAGCUGCAUACCCUAUGGUUCACCGCUCAGGAUAAGCCGGACAACCCAGCGCAGAUUGCGAAGACACCGGGGAAGCUCAAGCAGGGUCUGGAGAAGUUGCUCAUGCUCCACGAUCAGAAAACGGCGGGGAUUCCAGGCGUUAACAUUCUGUAUGUGGGUAUGAAGGGCCGGACGACCGAAAAAGUGUGCAAGGCGAAGGACAUUGUGAUUCUCAAGCACAUGUCUUGCGAGUUGGUCGGGUGGGAGCUCCACCCCGCCGAUCGCGUUCGAGUGGCGGGGUCGGAGAGGUUCCUGAAUUACUUGCCCCGUUGCCUGUACCUCCGCGUGGACGGCGCGACAUGGAACGUGGAUCCGAAGUUGGGCCCUGCCGGCGCGUGCGGAAAUUCAGCGUCGGGGGCGAAGAUACGGCGCGCGGGUUUCACGUGGAUCCCGGACUUCGCCAGCACGGCGUUCAUGAUGCAGGGGGCGACCUUGGCGGCCGGGCUCGCCGACUGUGGAGACGUCCUGGAUCUGGUCGGCUCCUCCGAGGCGAUGACCGCGUACGUUAUUCUCUCGCGGCUGACGUCGGCAGAGGGUUUGCUAUUGCUGCGCGCUUUCGCACCUGAGCUUUUCCGACAAGGCGCCGCGGCGGGGCCCCGCUGCUUGUUGAAGUUGCUGCGCGCGCGGCAUGGGCCAGACGCAGCGACUGCAGGAGGGCCUGCAGGAGAGGCACAGGAGUACGGCAGAGCUGAGGCGACGGAGGAGUAUGCCACGAUGGUGGCUGCGCAGGAGGCUGGCAGGGAGCGGAGGAAGCAACGAGGUCCAACGUGGGCUUGCUGGUGCUGUCGCCUGGCGUUUCCAGCGGAGGGUUUCGGAGCAAAGCCGCGGCAUCGGGGAGACGUCGGGGAGAAGUGUCUGGGUUCGGGGCAUUGGCGCGAGUGCAAGGCGUGCGCGGACGCGUUGUGUGGCGAACGGGCAAAGGAUGCGGCGGCGACCUUCCUGCAGAAACAGUGCAUUUCGUGUCAGCAUCUACAGAUUAUAGCGCUGUUCGAGGAAGGGAGUGACGAGUGCAACGCGUGCGUGCUUGCCGGCAGCUACGAGGUGUACGUCUGCGCCAAGUGCGGGGAGUACGUGUCAGGCGUGCACGCGUUCAGGAUGCCAGGGGCAGAAGUGGCGCAUUGUUGUUCCAAGUGUUGCAGAGACCAGUGCGUCUUCGAAUGCACUGUGUGCGGCACGGAGAAGCCAGUGAUCAGUUUCCGAGGCCAGCCUCGCCAAGUUCGCAGACAGGCCAUCCGUCGGUGCGCGGAGUGCGAAGUGUGCGUCGUCUGCAAGGAAAGGGUCGAGGAUUACAGGAAAUUCGUCUGCAAUGGGCGGGUGUGCGCGAUGUGCGCACCUGUGAAGUGCGAGGUGUGCGAGAGGACGCUGGCGAAGGACAGCUUUCCGCGGUGCGGGCGGACGCAACAGAGGGGUGCUGAGCGGCAUGUCCGGCGGUGCCUGGAAUGCCACGAGUGUCCCGAGUGCAGGCAGGUGCUGGACAAGCAGUGCUUCUCGAAGGCCGAGAAGGUUUGCCGAGAGUGUAGCGCGCGUCUAACGUGCGAGGUGUGCGAGAGGAUGCUGCCGAAGGGCUCCUUUCCGAAUGGCGGGCGGCAGCGGCAGCGGGGAGCUGAACGGCCUGUGAGGAGGUGCUUGGAAUGCCACAAGUGUUCAGAAUGCAAGCAGGUCUUAGACAGGAAGUGCUUCACGAAGGCCGAGAAGGCGUGCAUGCAGUGCGGCGCGGCAGCAGAGAAGUGCGAGGUGUGCGAGAGGAUGCUGCCGAAGGUCUCCUUUCCGGAUGGCGGGCGGCAGCGGCAGCGGGGAGCUGAACGGCCUGUGAGGAGGUGCUUGGAAUGCCACAAGUGUUCAGAAUGCGAGCAGGUCUUGGACAGGCAGUGCUUCACGAAGGCCGAGAAGGCGUGCAUACAGUGCGGCGCGGCAGCAAAGAAGUGCGAGGUGUGCGAGAGGAUGCUGCCGAAGGUCUCCUUUCCGGAUGGCGGGCGGCAGCGGCAGCGGGGAGCUGAACGGCCUGUGAGGAGGUGCUUGGAAUGCCACAAGUGUUCAGAAUGCGAGCAGGUCUUAGACAGGCAGUGCUUCACGAAGGCCGAGAAGGCGUGCAGACAGUGCGGCGCGCUGGCGACUUGCCCGUCGUGUGGGGCGACGAAGAGCCCGACAGAGUUCGACGCGGAGGUGUUGCGGCAUGCGCGGAGACACGGCCGGGGCGCAGUAUGCCGAGCCUGCAAGAGCUCCACGGGGCCCGCUGCGCGGAAGAAGGUGAAAGCAAUGUAA